CCAACUCCAACACCACCACCACCACCAUCGCAUCCCAUUCUUCAAACAAAUCACCACAAACCACAUCAUACCUUCCCUCUCUCACCUUCUCACCUUCUCGGCGAUCAAUCACUAUCAUAUCAACCUCACCAACCUCACCAAUCUCAACGAACCUCACAUCCCAUCCCCAAACCCAAAACCCACCACCACACAAAGCUACACCCGAAGAACCAAACCAAAAUGAGCAAAGACUCCACCCCGCACCAAAUCCACAUGCACCACCCCCGCCUGGCCGACUACUUCGAAGACUUCGCGCGCCCACACACGCACACCGCAGCUGCCGCCUCCUCCGCCUCCUCCUCCCUGCUCCUCGCCGCCUCCUCCUCCUCGACCAACCUCGCCUCCAACAGCUACUCCAUCGCCGCGGCCGCAGCCGCAGCCGCAGCCGCAGCCGCCAACGCCAACACGAACGUGCCUCCCGGCGCGAACCCGUCCUACCUCCCGAUCGAGGAGAUCUACGUCGCGCCGCAGUUCCAGCCGCCGAAUCCGGAGGACGAGGACGAUGUGGUGCCCGACCAGCAUGCUGCGUUUGGGAUUAGUCGGGUUUUUUUUUUCCGGCGUGUGGCUUAA